AUGACUGUUGGGCCUGCUCCGCCUGUGGCGGAACCGGACCAUUGCCUGAAGCCGCCGGAUGGGAUGCCGCCGGACGGAACGCCGCCGUUCACGCCACCGCAGCCUAGCAAGAAAGCGAAAGCAAGCAUGAGUGAGGGAUUUUCGGGGGGGGGGGGGGGUGAGAUGGUGAUCUCUGUCACCACACCCCAUUACCAGAACGUUGAAGAUGUUGCUGUGGAGACUCAAGGGGCUGGGGAAAACCUCGACCACCCAAUGGAGGCAGUGCAGGCGAAUGAGAUUCCCAGAAUCUCCUACAAGGACUCCUUUUUGGGGAAUGGUCCGCCGAUUGACAUACCAGAUGGCGAUGAGCUCAUGUCAGAUGAAUCGGAAGAUGAAUCAACUGAAGACGAUCCUGACUGUCCCACCAUUCACAUCAAGAAAAGUACCGAUGCUCGCAUAAGAAACAGAUGGAGGUAUGCAAUUACCUUCUGUGUGCUUGGAAAAUCUCUCCCCUUUGCUUUUGUUCACCAGCGUAGCAAGAACAGGAGGAGUCCGAAUUGGAGACAUUGGAAAUGGAUUCUUCCAGGCUUCCUUUGA